CUGCUCUCUGCUCUACACUCUACUCCACCUCUGCUCCGCAGCUCAUGGCCAUGGCUUCCUCCUCCGUCUCCCUCCGUGGCGCCAUCCUCCAGCGGCCCCACCUCGCGCCCCGCCCUGCCGCGGCCGCUGCCGCCCGACGUGCCCCCACGACGAGGCGCCGCGCCGUGCCCGCCAAGAUCUCCUGCAUCGGAUGGGACCCCGAGGGCAUCCUGGGCGCGCCGCAGGGCGGCCACAUCGCGCGCCUCGAGUUCCGCCGCCGCCUCGAGAGGGACUCCGACGCGCGCGAGGCCUUCGAGCGCCAGGUGCGCGAGGAGAAGGAGCGCCGCCGCAACGAGCGCGAGGCGCGGGUGAUCCCGGACACGGACGCCGGCCUCGUCGAGUUCUUCCUCGACACCGACGCGCGCGAGAUCGAGAUCGAGAUCGGCAGGCUACGGCCGAGGCUCAACCACGACUUCUUCGGCCAUAUCUCGCGCGAAAUAGCACAGAUCAAAUUUGCAGUCACCAGAACAGCGGAGAUGGAAGACAGACUGAUCGAGCUGGAGGCGAUGCAGAAGGUUCUUCUUGAGGGAGUUGAGGCGUAUGACAAGUUGCAGAACGACCUUGUUACGGCGAAAGAACGGCUCAUGAAGAUCCUGCAAUCAAGUGACAGAAAAUCGACUUUGCUGGAAAUGGUGGAGCGGAAUGAGCUCAAUAUAUCCAUAUUAACACUUCUUGAUGAGAAUAUUGCAAGUGCGAAGACGAGUAAUCAGGAUGAGGCAGCUGCUUUCUUGGAGGAUGUGAGAUCAUCUCUUGUGAAAUAUAUAACAAUAUAAAUCUUGUUUUUACGUAUUCGCAAAGAAAAAGGCUCAUUGCUUUGGCAUUGUAGUUGUAUCCAAGGCAUAAUUUUCAGAAACAUUGGGUUCAUUGGAAAGCGACAUGUACUUGUAUUUUGUUAGGAUAUAUUGCGGAGUGGAAAUCCGAAUUAUUUCCGCCUGUCUGUAGUUGGGCCGUGUCCUAUCUGAACUAUCGGUGUCUUACCUCAUGAGUCCUCUAUCGACUAUCGGUAAAGGGAAAUUGUACUAGCAACAUACUGUAAAGCUUGGACUCUCUUCUAGCUAAUUUUACUUCUGGCACAUCCUCAAAAUUGCUGUUUUCUUAAUAUAAGAUCGGGAUGGUCUUGUUUAUUGAGUUAAUAUAUUUAAUGUUUAA